CUGAGUCCCCGCGGCGCUCCCGCCGACCCGCCCACCCAUCAGCCCACCAGACGCCCUCGCCUGUCACUCUCUCGGGCUCCCGGCCAUGUCUCCCGCCCGGCUCCGGCCCCGACUGCGGUUCUGCCUACUCCUGCUGCUGCUACUGGUGCCCGCGGCGCGGGGCUGUGGGCCGGGCCGGGUGGUGGGCGGCCGCCGGCGGCCGCCGCGCAAACUUGUGCCGCUCGCCUACAAGCAGUUCAGCCCCAACGUGCCCGAGAAGACCCUUGGCGCCAGCGGGCGCUAUGAAGGCAAGAUCGCGCGCAGCUCUGAGCGCUUCAAGGAGCUCACCCCCAACUACAACCCUGACAUCAUCUUCAAGGACGAAGAGAACACGGGUGCCGACCGCCUCAUGACCCAGCGCUGCAAGGACCGCCUGAACUCGCUGGCCAUUUCAGUCAUGAAUCAGUGGCCCGGUGUGAAGCUGCGGGUGACCGAAGGCUGGGAUGAGGACGGCCACCACUCAGAGGAGUCCUUGCACUACGAGGGCCGCGCUGUGGACAUCACCACUUCAGACCGCGACCGCAAUAAGUACGGACUGCUGGCGCGCUUGGCAGUGGAGGCCGGCUUCGACUGGGUGUAUUAUGAGUCCAAGGCUCACGUGCAUUGCUCCGUCAAGUCCGAGCACUCUGCUGCAGCCAAGACGGGUGGCUGCUUCCCUGCUGGAGCCCAGGUGCGCCUAGAGAGCGGGGCCCGGGUGGCCCUCUCAUCUGUGAGGCCAGGAGAUCGGGUGCUGGCUAUGGGGGAGGAUGGGAACCCCACCUUCAGUGAUGUGCUCAUUUUCCUGGACCGUGAGCCAGACAGGCUGAGAGUUUUCCAGGUCAUUGAGACCCUGGACCCUCCACGCCGCCUGUCACUCACUCCUGCCCACCUGCUCUUCACUGCUGACAAUCACACAGAACCACCAGCCCACUUCCAGGCCACAUUUGCCAGCCACGUACAACCUGGCCAGUAUGUGCUGGUGGCAGGAGUGCCAGGCCUGCAGCCUGCCCGAGUGGCAGCUGUCUCCACACAUGUGGCCCUUGGGGCUUAUGCUCCACUCACAAGGCAUGGGACACUGGUGGUGGAGGAUGUGGUAGCUUCCUGCUUUGCAGCUGUGGCUGACCAUCACCUGGCUCAGAUGGCCUUCUGGCCCCUACGACUGUUUCCCAGCUUGGUGUGGGGCAGCUGGACCCUGGGAGAGGGUGUACACUGGUACCCUCAGCUGCUCUACCGCCUGGGACAUCUCUUGCUGGAAGAAAGCAGCUUCCACCCACUGGGCAUGUCUGGGGCAGGGAGCUGAGAGGGCCCAAUUGCAGCCUUCUUGAAACUGCCAUGCUGGAUCCAAAGACCUUCCCACCAGAAGCGCUCUGGCUCUAGAAGAGACUUGAGCUAGGAGCAAUGGGCCCCAUCAUCCACUCCAAAGUGGUGAGGCACCAUCAAGACUUGACUGGACAGUGCCAGUAUUCCUGUUCCCAUCUUGGAAUAGUGAGCUGGUGAGGGGGUAGGGUAUCCUUCGUCCUGGAAACUUUGAGACUCGAUUGUCAGUACAAUUUUCACAUGCCCCUUCCCACCAUGAGGAGGCCCCUUAUCAUCCUGUCUUUGGACUGCUACUACAGUCUUUCUUAGGGCCUGGGUUUCUGACUUCACUGUAGGUAACAGACUGCAGUAGCAAAAGACUCCGCCCAUAGGUGGGCUUGCACCUCAAUUGAUGCUGCUAGAUUCCCUGGGAGCCAGCAGGGAGCUGGCUGGACUCAUUACUGCCAGGAACUGAGAAUGCCACAAGGCUGGGGCAGCCAGCCUGGCCAUCCCACAGCGUGUUCUCUCCUCUGACCACACUCCUCCAGACUCAUCCCAAGACUGUUGCUAUCAGUGGGCAGAGUUGUACGUUCUGGUCAAUGUGACCACAGCACCUGGGCCAGGGGAAGGAAGGCUGGAUGUCCUUUCCACUCCUGCCCAGGCUAAGUUCCAUUCUGCUGAACCACGACCCCCCACCCCCUCCUCUGGUCAGUUUCCCCCACCUUAUUUAUUGUCACAGAGGGGAAAGCCCAUGGGAGAAUUUUGGGGAUGUUUUGGUUUUUUUCUUCCUUUUGUAAUAAAAAUUAUUUAAGUUGUUAGA